UUUCAUCUCACCAUCCCACUUCGUUCCAUUUUUCAAUGUUAUUUAAUUCCAUCAGUCUGCACACAGAGAGAUAAGCUAGAGAAAAAGGGAAAAGUUCAAAUCUUCUUUCCGUUCACCAAAAGGCCAAAAAGAAGAAAGCAAUGGUGAUUGGAAGUAUUUACUCUUGGUCCAUGUUGUGGGAGGCGAAACUUUGGAGCCUUGAGCAAUGGCAGAGAUUGUACUUGCAGAGUCCAGCCACAGAAGGAGAAAAGCCUCUCCCAAGCCUCUUUCAAGGUCGAGAACAGAAGGUUACGUUCCGGAACCGUUUGACAGCGAGACAUUGCCUCCGACUUUGUCUUCAGAAAUUCAACGGUUCCUUCGCGUUGCAAAUGAGAUACAAUACGAGUCACCUCGCGUGGCCUACCUGUGCCGCUUUCAUGCUUUUGAAAGAGCACAUAACAUGGACCCUAGUUCAAGUGGCAGAAAGGUUCGGCAAUUCAAAACUGCCCUUCUUCAGCGACUAGAACAGGAUGAAAAUAUCACUUAUAAAUGGAAGAAAAGGAGUGAUGCACAUGAACUAAGAGAUCUUUACCACAGAUAUAAAGACUGCAUUGAUGAAAAUACUAGACUCUUUGGUAAAGAAAAUAGGGAGCAAUUGGCGAAUGCACGUAUUAUUGCUUAUGUUCUGUAUGAAGUCUUAGAGACGGUCACAUCUGGAACUGCUUCUGAGAUACUUGCUGAUGGUGAAGAAAUUGAAGCAAAAUCGAAGCUCUAUGUACCAUACAAUAUUCUUCCACUUGAUCCUGGAGGUGUACAGCAACCAAUUAUGCAAUUCCCUGAGAUUAUAGCUGCAGUUGCUGCUGUCCGCAAUAUUCGUGGUUUACCAUUGGCAAAUAAUCAUCAGGAGCCAGCGGAUGUUCUGGAUUUAUUUGAAUGGUUGCAAUGUUGGUUUGGAUUUCAGAAAGGAAAUGUAGCCAACCAACGAGAGCAUCUGAUUCUUCUCCUUGCAAACAUCCAUAUUCGGUUGACUCCUAAGCAUGAAUCUACAUCAGAGCUGGGACAUGGAGCUGUGGAUGAGCUGAUGAAAAAGUUGUUCAAAAAUUAUACAAAUUGGUGCAAGUUUUUGGGGAGAAAAAGCAACAUUCGGUUACCGUCUGUGGGGCAGGGAGUUCAACAAUACAAAAUUUUGUAUAUGGGGCUUUAUCUUCUUAUAUGGGGAGAAGCUUCAAACUUGCGGUUUAUGCCUGAAUGUCUAUGUUACCUUUUUCACCACAUGGCACAUGAAUUGUAUGGUGUGUUAUCUGGUGGUUUAAGCAUUACAGAGGAAAAUAAAAUCCCAGCAUAUGGAAGAGGAGCUGAGUCUUUCCUUGAGAAAGUAGUUACCCCAAUAUACAGGGUUAUAUUUGAGGAGGCAACUAAGGAAGAAAGUGGAUUGGGUGAUCAUUCUAAAUGGAGAAACUAUGAUGAUUUGAACGAGUUUUUCUGGUCUCUUGAUUGCUUCCAGCUUGGUUGGCCCCUCUAUCUGGAUCAUGAUUUCUUCCGCACACAGCCUUUCGGAGAUGGUCAUGUUACAAAUGCUUCACUUACAGAUACAGAAGAAAAUAUGAAGAAAGAAGAAAAGGAAGAAGUAAAGAUACUUUUUGGAGAUGGUCAUGAUACAAAUGCUUCACUUACAGCUACAGAAGAAAACAGGAAGAAAGAAGAAAAGGAAGAAGUAAAAAUAACUAGUCCAAAGGAAGAUCACAAAAAACAAUGGCUAGGGAAAACAAAUUUUGUGGAGAUUCGUUCAUUUUGGCACCUUUUUAGGAGUUUCGAUAGGAUGUGGACAUUUUUUAUUUUAGCUCUUCAGGCAAUGAUAAUAAUGGCAUGGCAUGGCCUGGAAUCCCCAUUUCAAUUUUAUGAUGCAGAAGUACUUGAAGAUAUCAUGAGCAUCUUCAUAACUUCCGCAAUUCUUAAUCUCGUCAAAGCCAUUCUUGAUAUUGUCUUUAUGUGGAAAGCAAGGCACUUAAUGGACUUCUCUCAGAUCCUGAGAUAUAUACUGAAGCUUGUUGUAUCAGUGACAUGGAUCAUCAUUCUUCCUGUUUAUUAUGCCGACUCUAGAAGACACUCUACUUGCCAUGCCAAACAAUAUGGGAGUUGGGUUGGAGAAUGGUGUGUUUCUUCCUAUAUGGUGGCAAUUGCAUUUUAUUUGGUGACCAAUGCAGUAGGGCUGGUGUUGUUUCUAGUUCCUGCAGUUGGCAGAUACAUUGAGACCUCAAAUCUGUGGGUGUUCACUGUUUUGUCUUGGUGGUCACAGCCUUGUUUGUAUGUUGGACGUGGAAUGCAAGAAAACCUACUUCCUUGUUUGAAGUACACACUUUUUUGGGUGUUAUUGUUGCUGAGCAAGUUUGCAUUCAGCUACCAUUUCGAGAUAAGGCCACUUGUUGACCCAACAAAGCAGAUUAUGAAAAUUGGGGUGAACAAAUAUGAUUGGCAUGAGCUUUUCCCUAAAGUGAAAAGCAAUGCUGGUGCAAUUGUGGCAGUUUGGGCUCCCAUUAUAAUUAUUUAUUUUAUGGACACACAGGUUUGGUAUUCUGUUUACUGUACAAUUUUUGGUGGAGUUUAUGGUGUAUUUCGACAUCUUGGUGAGAUACGUACAAUGGGAAUGCUAAGAAGUAGAUUCCAGUCUCUUCCCUCAGCUUUCAAUGUUUGCCUAGUUCCACCUUCUUCAAAGAAUGGACAGAAAAAUGUAAAAAGCUUCUUCCAUCUGAAAAUUAAUAAGGUCUCAGAAAAUGAGAAAAAUGGUGUUGCCAAAUUUGCUCAAGUGUGGAACCAAAUUAUCGAUAGUCUCCGUUCUGAAGACUUGAUAAGCAAUAGGGAGCGGGAUCUGAUGACUAUAACUUUAUCAUCAGAGUUAACUUCUGGCUUAGUAUGCUGGCCGGUUUUUCUUCUGGCAACAAAGUUAUCAACCGCAUUUAGCAUUGCUAAAGAUUUUGUGGGGAAGGAUGAGAAUCUGUUCAAAAAGAUAAAAAAAGAUUACUACAUGUACUGUGCUGUGAAGGAGUGCUACGAGUCACUGAAGUAUAUCUUCAAGUUCAUUGUGAAGGGUGAUCUGGAGAAAAGGAUUGUGACAGAGAUUAUAUCUGAAGUAGAAGCCAGUAUUAGCAGAUCCAGUCUUCUUAUAGAUUUCAAGAUGAGUGAACUACCUGGCCUACACAGUAAAUGUAUUGAUCUGGUUAAUCUUCUGCUUAUGAACAGAAAACACCAUGAAGAUUCCAUCAUUAUGAUACUGCAAGACAUAUUUGAGGUUGUAACAAAAGAUAUGAUGACAAAUGGAUCCAGAAUAUUGGAUUUGAUCCAAGAGUUCCAACCAACAGAAGAAGAUCCAAUUUGCUACUUCAGAGAGAUUGAGCCUCAGUUAUUUGCAUCAAGUAGAGGCAAACCUUCAGCAAUCCUUUACCCAAUCCCAGAUGGUUGCCCUCUGAUGACACAGAUUAAACGCUUACUUUUGCUGCUUACUGUCAAUGAGACGGCUAUGGAAAUCCCUGUAAAUAUAGAGGCUCGGAGGCGUAUUUCAUUCUUUGCUACUUCUCUCUUUAUGGAUAUGCCUAUUGCUCCUAAAGUUCGCAGUAUGUUGUCUUUCAGUGUUUUGACACCACUCUACAUGGAAGAAGUCAAAUUUUCAUUGAAGGACCACCACUCUAGCCAAAAGGGAGUUUCCAUCCUCUUUUACAUGAAAAGGAUAUAUCCAGAUGUCUGGAGAAACUUUUUGGAACGCAUGGAAUGUGAAGACUGGGAUGAGUUAGAAGAGAAACACAUGGAUGAACUUAUCAGCAAAAAGAAACACAUGUAUGAGGAACUCCGAAACUGGGCUUCUUUCCGUGGACAGACAUUAAGCAGAACAGUUCGAGGAAUGAUGUACUAUAGGAAGGCAUUAAAACUGCAAGCUUUCCUUGACAUGAAUGAUGAUAUGGAUAUUAUUGAAGGCUACAAGGCAAUUGAAAUGGGACAUGAUAAGAAGGAUAGCUAUCCCUCAUUAUCAGCUCAGCUAGAUGCACUUACAGAUAUGAAAUUCGCAUACAUUAUCUCUUGUCAAGAAUUUGGAGCACAAAAAGCCUGUGGAGAUCCUCGUGCACAGGAUAUACUUGACUUAAUGAUUAGGUAUCCAUCUCUCCGUGUUGCUUACGUUGAGGAGAAAGAAGAGAUUGUAGGUGAUAAACCUCAAAAGGUUUAUUCCUCUAUACUGGUUAAAGCAAUCAAUACUUUAGACCAGGAGAUAUAUCGCAUUAAACUUCCUGGUCCACCUAAUAUUGGAGAAGGAAAGCCUGAAAACCAAAACCAUGCAAUAAUUUUUACACGUGGUGAUGCUUUGCAAACAAUUGAUAUGAACCAAGACAACUAUAUGGAAGAAGCCUUCAAAAUGAGAAAUGUUCUGCAAGAAUUUCUACGAAAUCAUGGACGACAACCUCCUACUAUUAUUGGUUUGAGAGAAUACAUAUUCACAGAAAGUAUUUCAACAUUGGCUCGGUUCAUGUCCUACCAGGAAAGUAGUUUUGUCACCAUUGGUCAAAGGCUUACAGCAAAUCCUCUGAGAGUGCGAUUUCACUAUGGACAUCCAGAUUUAUUUGAUAGAAUAUUUCACAUAACAAGAGGUGGAAUCAGUAAAGCUUCGAAGACCAUUAACUUGAGUGAAGAUGUUUUUGCUGGGUUUAAUUCCAUAUUACGAAAGGGACAUGUUGUCUACCAUGAGUAUAUGCAGAUUGGAAAAGGUCGGGAUGUAGGCCUAAAUCAGAUCUCAAAGUUUGAAGCAAAAGUAUCCAACGGAAAUAGUGAACAAACGCUAAGUCGUGACAUAUACCGUCUUGGACAUCGGUUCGAUUUUUUCCGGAUGCUAUCCUGUUACUUUACAACUGUUGGCUUUUACUUCAAUAGCCUGUUAUCAGUAAUUGGAAUUUAUGUUUUCCUCUAUGGACAACUAUACCUCAUUCUUAGUGGACUGGAAAAAGCUCUCCUUCUUGAGGCUAGAACACAAAAUAUAGAAUCUCUGGAAACAGCUCUUGCAUCCCAGUCUUUUAUCCAGCUUGGGCUCUUGACAGGCUUACCAAUGGUGAUGGAGAUUGGACUAGAGAAAGGAUUUUUAACAGCCUUUAAAGACUUUAUCCUCAUGCAGUUGCAACUGGCCGCUGUUUUCUUUACUUUCUCCCUUGGAACAAAAUCCCACUAUUAUGGUCGAACAAUUCUUCAUGGGGGUGCGAAGUACAGGCCUACUGGUCGUAAAGUUGUGGUCUUCCAUGCAAAUUUCAGUGAAAACUAUAGAUUGUACUCACGCAGCCACUUUGUGAAAGGAUUUGAACUGCUGCUCCUGUUGAUUGUUUACAAUUUGUUUAGGCGAUCUUAUGUGAGCAGUAUGACAUACGUAUUAAUUACGUACUCCAUCUGGUUCAUGUUGAUGACCUGGCUGUUUGCACCAUUUCUGUUUAACCCAUCUGGAUUUAACUGGGGAAAGAUUGUGGAAGACUGGAAGGAGUGGAAUGGGUGGAUUAAGAAUCAUGGAGGUAUAGGUGUACACCAGGAAAACAGCUGGGAGUCUUGGUGGAAUGAUGAGCAGAGCCAUCUUCGUCAUUCAGGACUUUGUGCUAAGAUGAUUGAAGUUUUUCUUUCUCUGCGAUUUUUCAUAUAUCAGUAUGGACUAGUUUAUCACCUUGACAUAUCACAGGAUAACAAAAAUUUUCUAGUUUAUGUGCUGUCUUGGUUUGUCCUUGGUGCCAUCUUCCUUUUAGUCAAGGCAAUGAACGAAGGGAGGAGACGACUUAGUGCAAAUUAUCACCUUGGAUUCAGGCUUCUUAAAGCACUUCUAUUCCUGGGGGUAUUAUCUAUUAUAGUUACUCUAUCUGUCAUCUGUGAUCUGUCUGUGAUGGACUUAAUUGUGUGUUGCUUGGCAUUUUUACCUACCGGAUGGGGUUUGCUCUCUAUUGCACAAGCUGUGAGACCUAUGAUAGAGGAUACGGGAUUAUGGGACUUCGUAAUCGUUCUUGCUCAAGCUUAUGACUAUGGAAUGGGUGUUGUGCUUUUUGCACCAAUAGCUGUGUUGGCAUGGCUCCCCAUUAUAUCAGCUUUCCAGACCCGUUUUCUUUUCUAUGAUGCUAUCAAUAGGCGCUUGCAAAUUAAACCAAUUCUUGCAGGAAGUAAGAAGCAUUAGUAAAUUUCUAGUUACUAACAGCCGAUAAAUGUAUAAAUAUGUAAGGUAUUAUUUGGUCAUCAUUCCGACCGGAUCUCAGGUUGAAAUUAGUACCGAUAUAAUGUAAAUAUCAAUUACUUUUAUUUAAUAAGGGAAAUAUGUAAGUCAUUGUUCUCAGUUUAAAGUGAAAAUCUGGAAUUUCUACCAUUCAUCCAGUCUCCGCUGUAUUCUAAUAAUUGUCAAGAGUCCAUUGAUUUUCUUAGCUUUUGGAAGCUAAUGGGUUCAUUAUUAGUAGAUGAAGGGUCUGUUCGUUUGCACUGAAGUCUGAUAUCUGA